UUUUAGUAAAAAUCUGCUUUUCUGAAAAAAUGUCAAAUGAUUGAAUUAAUGGUUAUUUGUGUCAUUUGGGUUGCAGUCGCCAUGGAAACAAAGAAACUGAAGCUAAAUCUCAGUGACCUGGAAGCAAAAACUGAUCAACUGACUUUGGAGAAAAGAGAUUUACAAAACCAGACUGAAGAUCUGAGGAUGAACAUGACAAAACUACAAAACCAAAACGAGCAGCUGAGAAACAACAGUGACAAACUCAACAAGAUCCUGGCAGCAAUCAUCAGUUACACCAACUUUCCAGCUGAUCUCUUCUGCCCUGAUGGAGUUUGUCAGACGUGUCCCAAAGACUGGAUUCAGUUUCAGGAAAGCUGCUAUUUUUUUUAUAACUUAAACUCUCCGUGGAAAACAUGGAACGAAAGCCGACAGUUUUGUCAAAGCAUGAAGUCAGACCUGGUGGUUAUCAGCAGUCUUGAGGAACAGACAUUCAUUAAAAACACAAUACAACACUACCAUGACACCUGGCACGGAUACUGGAUUGGUUUACAAAAAGUGAACAACAAGUGGAUCUGGGUGGAUGGCAGUCCAGACACACUUGGGUACUGGAAGAACCCAGGGAGCUCAGAAAAUUUUACACUUAUAAUCCAAAAUGCAGCUUUGACCCAGAGCUGGAUCCAAAACAGAAAUGGCUUUUUGAACAGAUUCAUCUGUGAAAUUAAAGCUUUAAUUUUCUGAUAAGUUAAACUGAA